AUGACUUUAUAUCGCUUCUGUUUCCUCCUCUUUGCGUUCACUUGGAAUACCUCCGCCUAUGGACCCAAUCAAAGGGCACAGAAGAAAGGAGACAUCAUUCUCGGGGGACUGUUCCCCAUUCAUUUCGGAGUGGCUGCAAAACACCAGGAUCUGAAAUCUCGGCCCGAAUCUGUUGAGUGCAUAAGAUAUAAUUUCCGUGGUUUCCGCUGGCUGCAGGCCAUGAUCUUUGCCAUCGAGGAGAUCAACAACAGCCCCACUCUACUUCCCAACAUGACCCUUGGGUACAGCAUAUUUGACACGUGCAACACCGUUUCCAAAGCCCUGGAAGCCACGCUGAGCUUUGUGGCCCAGAACAAGAUUGAUUCUCUGAAUCUGGAUGAGUUCUGCAAUUGUUCGGAGCACAUUCCCUCCACAAUCGCAGUGGUGGGAGCAACCGGCUCUGGGAUCUCUACUGCUGUGGCCAAUCUUUUGGGUCUUUUUUACAUACCUCAGGUUAGCUAUGCUUCCUCCAGCCGGCUCCUGAGCAACAGGAAUGAGUACAAAUCUUUCCUACGCACCAUUCCCAACGAUGAGCACCAAGCCACUGCCAUGGCGGACAUUGUUGAGUACUUCCGCUGGAACUGGGUGGGCACUAUCGCGGCAGACGACAAUUACGGCCGUCCCGGGAUCGAGAAGUUCCGGGAAGAGACAGAGGAACGAAAUAUCUGCAUUGACUUCAGCGAGCUGAUUGCCCAGUAUCUACCGGAGGAUCAGCUUCAGCAGGUGGUGAAGGUCAUCCAGAAUUCCACAGCCAAGGUGAUCGUGGUCUUCUCCAGCGCCCCGGAUCUGGAGCCCCUCAUCAAAGAGAUUGUCACACGUAACAUCACGGGCAGGAUUUGGCUAGCCAGCGAGGCGUGGGCCAGCUCUUCACUGAUAGCCAUGCCCGAGUUUUUCCACGUCAUGGGGGGCACCAUUGGGUUUGCGCUGAAGGCGGGGCAGAUCCCCGGCUUCCGCGAGUUUCUGCAGAAGGUACAUCCCAAGAAAUCGGCCAACAAUGGAUUUAUCAAAGAGUUUUGGGAAGAGACUUUCAACUGCUACCUGCCGGAGGGUAAUAAGAACUACCCCGGGGCGGCUGCUUUCCACAAGGGCCGCGAAGAAGGCACUGGAGGUAGAAACAGCACAGCAGCCUUCUGUCCCCCAUGCACCGGGGGGGAAAACAUUACCAGUGUGGAGACUCCGUACAUGGAUUAUACUCACCUGCGGAUAUCUUACAAUGUGUACCUGGCCGUCUAUUCCAUUGCUCAUGCUUUGCAGGAUAUAUACACCUGUACCCCUGGGAAAGGGCUGUUCACCAAUGGGUCGUGUGCUGAUAUCAAGAAGGUGGAGGCCUGGCAGGUACUGAAGCAUCUGCGGCACUUGAACUUCACAAAUAAUAUGGGGGAGCAAGUGGAUUUUGAUGAGUCCGGGGGCCUGAUAGGGAAUUACUCCAUUAUCAAUUGGCACCUGUCCCCAGAAGACGGCUCCAUUGUCUUUGAGGAGGUCGGACACUACAAUGUUUACGCCAAGAAGGGAGAAAGGCUCUUUAUCAGUGAAAACAAGAUCCUGUGGAGUGGAUUCUCCAAGGAGGUGCCCUUCUCCAACUGCAGCAGAGAUUGCCAGCCGGGCACGAGGAAAGGCAUCAUCGAGGGAGAGCCAACGUGUUGCUUUGAAUGCGUAGAAUGUACCGAUGGGGAGAUCAGCGAUGAGACAGACGCCAGCGCUUGUGAGAAAUGUCCUGAAAACUUCUGGUCCAAUGAAAACCACACAUUCUGCACUCCCAAGCAGAUAGAGUUUCUGUCUUGGACGGAACCAUUCGGGAUCGCCCUCACCCUGUUUGCUGUGCUCGGCAUCUUCCUGACCUCCUUCGUCCUGGGCGUCUUCACCAGAUUCCGCAACACCCCCAUCGUCAAGGCCACCAACCGCGAACUCUCUUACCUCCUCCUCUUCUCCUUGUUGUGCUGCUUCUCCAGUUCCCUUUUUUUCAUUGGCGAGCCCCAGGACUGGAAUUGCCGCUUGCGGCAGCCCGCCUUUGGCAUCAGCUUUGUCCUCUGCAUCUCCUGCAUCCUGGUGAAGACCAAUCGCGUCCUCCUGGUCUUUGAGGCCAAGAUCCCCACCAGCCUCCACCGCAAAUGGUGGGGCCUCAACCUGCAGUUCCUCCUGGUCUUCUUGUGCACAUUUGUGCAGAUCGUCAUCUGUGUCAUUUGGCUCUACACGGCUCCCCCAUCCAGCUUCCGGAACCACGAGUUGGAGGAUGAGAUCAUCUUCAUCACCUGCAACGAAGGCUCGCUGAUGGCUCUGGGCUUCCUGAUUGGCUACACCUGCCUCCUGGCUGCCAUCUGCUUCUUCUUCGCUUUCAAAUCCCGCAAGCUGCCCGAGAACUUCAACGAAGCCAAAUUCAUCACCUUCAGCAUGCUGAUCUUCUUCAUCGUCUGGAUCUCUUUCAUCCCAGCCUACGCCAGCACUUACGGCAAGUUUGUCUCUGCCGUGGAGGUGAUCGCCAUCCUGGCUGCCAGCUUCGGCCAGCUGGCCUGCAUCUUCUUCAACAAGGUCUACAUCAUCCUCUUCAAGCCCUCCCGCAACACCAUCGAAGAGGUGCGCUGCAGUACCGCCGCCCACGCCUUUAAGGUGGCGGCCAGGGCCACCCUGAGACGCAGCAACGUGUCACGCAAGAGGUCCAACAGCCUCGGGGGCUCCACGGGCUCCACCCCUUCCUCAUCCGUCAGCAGCAAAAGCAACCACGAAGAGCCCUUUGCCCUAGCUGCUCCCACAGAGCAGCAACAGCCACAUGGGUGCAAGCAGAAAGUGAGUUUCGGUGGUGGGACUGUCACCUUCUCCCUGAGUUUUGAGGAGCACCAGAAGAACGCGGUGGCCAGCCGAAACGCAAAGCACAGGAACUCCUUGGAAGCCCAGAACAGCGACGACAGCCUUAUGAGGCACAAGGCCCUGCUUCCUCUGCGGUCCAGCGACCCACUAGUCAUUGAGCCCAAUGCCCAGACCCCCUCCAGUCCAGACGCCAACGCACAGGAGUCAGUCGUGGAAGAAACCCAGCAAGAAGCACGGGGCUCAGAAGAGCAGCCUCCUUUGUCGGCAACGCAUUUGCGGGAUUUUGUAGGCAGUGACUCCGUCAUAGAGAAUGCUGUCCAUUCAUAA